AACAAGUGAAGACCCAGAGUUUUCUCGACAAUUAAGCCCGCCCGGGCUACUUUGGUCACUAUGGGCAAGUCGUCCAAGGACAAAAGAGACGCAUAUUAUCGUCUCGCCAAAGAACAAAAUUGGCGCGCCAGGUCAGCGUUCAAACUCAUUCAAAUUGACGAGCAAUUCGACUUGUUCUCCUUUGCAGAUCCAUCAAAAUGUACCCGAGUGGUCGAUCUGUGUGCUGCACCCGGCAGCUGGAGUCAGGUACUGUCGCGGAUUCUCAUCAAAGGUGAAAGUUUUGGACGAAGGGCAUGGAUGGAGAGAAUGAAUAAAUUGCAAACUCGGAUGCAAGUCACGGAUUCGUCGAAUACAGUUCAGGAUGCGACUGAGCAGGUCUCAUCACUCGAUCUAGAUAUCGACCAACAAAAGCCUACGUUGAAACCUCGUGAGAAUGUCAAGAUUGUCGCCAUCGAUCUCCAGCCGAUGGCGCCUCUCGAUGGCAUUAUUCAAUUGAAGGCGGACAUCACACACCCAUCAACCGUCCCUCUCCUCCUCAAAGCCAUUGAUCCGGACUUUGACCAAGACAACGAAACACAUCGCGUGGACCUGGUGAUCAGCGACGGCGCCCCUGACGUGACGGGUCUUCACGAUCUCGACAUAUAUGUUCAGUCUCAGCUUCUUUUCUCGGCCCUUGCUCUAGCUAUGAAGGUGCUUCGGCCAGGUGGAAAAUUUGUAGCAAAAAUCUUUCGAGGGAGAGAUGUGGAUCUAAUUUAUGCUCAACUCAAGUUGGUGUUUGACAGAGUCCAUGUUGCCAAACCGAGGUCGAGCCGGGCGAGCAGUAUCGAAGCCUUUGUGGUAUGUGAAGGCUACACACCAAUCCAGGGAUGGACUCCCGAACUCGGACAGGUUUUGGAAGUUCCACAAGCCAAAGGGACAAAGAAAGAAAAAGACACGACGCUGGAUCCGCAUCAGGAACUCAGACAUGUACGCGAGGAUGGCAUCGUGGAAAUUCAUUUCGAAGCCGACGAAGCCGACCCCAAGAGAUGGGUUGCCCCGUUUCUCGCUUGUGGAGACUUGUCUGCAUGGGAUGCAGAUGCCACGUAUAAGCUUCCUGAAGGUCAUACAAGCCUACCUCCUGUGCAACCUCCAACAGCACCGCCGUACAAAGCCGCCAUCGAGCGACGGCGAGCAGAGGGAGGAGCUUAUGGGAAGACUAAGGACCGCACAAAGGGAUGACCAGCCUGGUGCUGUUGAGUGUGAUUGUAUCACCGCAUUUGAGCUCGGAUUUGAAGAGCAAUCUUGAAGCAUUGCCCGACCGAGGAGUUGUAUGCGCGGCAAGGGACUAUCUGCUCCAUGGGAAGACUAUUCCUCGGCCUGACUCACGGCAUGACCACGUGAAUGGCGCAGAAGGGUUUCUUGCAUACCAUGUGACCUUGGUCUCACGACAGUCUGUUCAUGUAAACCGAGGACAAAUGCCAUCUCCUUCCAAAUGUGAUGUCACCUUGGGCUUGGUUCGGUUGCACAAAUCGGUCGGAUAAUGGACGGAAUUUAGGUCCAGGGCGUACAGACCGGAAUAGAGCAUGGAUGGUAGGAGACCCUGGAUUGGGUGAAAAGUCCGGCAUUGUAUCCCAGGGCUUCCCCAGUCCGGGUUACGAUACAUACAGUACACGCUGACCCCAGUCUGUCUGUGCAUGACCGUUGAGUCAAGAGGCACCAUUGCACACACUAUUUCAUUAACCGUCCAAGCGUUGGAAUAUGAUGUGUGUCAAUCGUGGCAGAAAUACGGGACGCAAGAAGGCUGCACAGACCUGCAGCCAUGCCUGACCAGGUAGCCGUAAUGCAUGAACAUGAGGUUGCUUGUGUUCGCCGGCCUCCGUGAGGGUUUGGAAAAGUGUCUGAUUCAAGGCGUGAUGUUUUGCGAACAGCUCAGAGGUCGAAAGAGAAAAGAAGGAAGAGGAAGCCGGCUCCCUCCAGCCAGUGUUCCCAGUGUUUACAAGAAUCCUUCACGAGAAAUACUUGGCCUUGGAGGUGAGUUGCAGGCUGACGGGAGUGCUGGGGAGAAACCUGUCCAAGGACGGCAAAGCAUGACCAGUGCAUUGCAUCGAGAGGAGGGUGUGGAGAUCGACAGGUCAUCAAGUCGGGUAGUAAAGCAGUCUGCGGUAUCGAGAGGAGACUUCAGACCCGCCCGUGUAGAGUGCGAGAUGCGGAGAGAUGUAGCUGAGACUACUUGGAAAGCCGAUCGAUCCGAGGUUUUGAUUCGGUCACCGUUGGGUGCCCAGACAUGAAAAUGACGACUUGAUGAGUUUGGUUUUGUUUAUUUUUAGAGGCUGAUUUUGCCUUGGAGAAGGGUCUUUGUCUUGGGAGCACAAUUCAACACCACCAAACAAUGUCAAGUCCUGUACGUGAUUCUCUAGGCAAGGGUCUAUACUAAGCAGGAUCUGAG